AUGAGCACGGUUGGAGCAGCCCACAACGUGACCGUUUUAGGGUCGGGAGAGACCACGGUGGUCCUCGGUCAUGGGUUCGGCACAGACCAGUCGGUUUGGAGGCACCUGGUCCCGUACCUGGUGGACGAGUACAAGGUCCUACUCUACGACAACAUGGGCGCCGGGACCACCAAUCCCGAUUACUUCGAUUUCGAACGCUACGCCACCUUGGAAGGCUAUACUUACGACCUCAUCGCCAUCUUAGACGAGUUCCAAGUCAGCAGCUGCAUUUACGUCGGCCACUCCAUGUCCGCCAUGGCUGCCGUUGUCGCAUCCAUUUUCCGGCCGGACUUGUUUCGUAAGAUUGUCAUGAUUUCCUCGACCCCAAGGCUGUCGAACACGAAAGACUACUAUGGUGGUUUUGAGCAGCAUGAGCUGGAUGAGUUGAGCGCAGCCGUGGAGCACAACUACAAGGCGAUGGCAUCGGGGUAUGCACCGCUGAUCGUUGGUGGGGACCUGGAAUCGAGUGCAAUUCAGGAGUUCAGCCGGACACUGUUCAACGUGCGGCCAGACAUAGGGCUCAGCGUGUGCCGUAUGUUGAAUAGUUUCGACCUAAGACCUUACCUCAGCCAAGUCACCGUCCCGUGCCACAUCAUACAGAGCUCCAAGGACACGAUGGUGCCUGUAGUGAUGGGGGAAUACCUCCGCCGGAGGCUGGGUGGGAAGACGGUUGUGGAGGUGCUGCCCACCGAAGGCCACCUGCCACACCUCAGCGCACCGGAGAUCACCAUCCCGGCGCUGGUCCGCCACAUACGGCAGGACAUUGCGGACGAGUGA